UCUUUCCCUCAAACCUUAAGCUUUUUUAGAUAGAGGGUUUUAAUCAUAUAUAAUUUUGAAUAGAAACAUAGAUAGAUGAAGAAGGGUUGUUACAGUGUUUUUAAUGAAUUCAUAUAUAUAGAUAUGGCAGUGGCAUACAAGGAGAAUAAAGCUUCUGCUUCUCUCUGCAAAAGAAUGCUACUUUUGCUUUACAUCUCAACUCCAGAGUGGCCCCUCCUUGAAGCUUCAAAAGCACAUACUGAUAAAGAAAAAUGUUAAGGUUCUUGUCUCUUUGUGAUUUGUUUUGGUCUCUCUUUGCAGCCCAACUCAGUCCAUAAGAAAUCUCUUGGUGUCUGUGAAAAUGUGUGGAUAACGUUUUCUGGCUUGAUGGUGAGAUUUACCUCCUUUUUUUUUGGUGAUCUGGCUGUGGAAUUCAAGUGGGAACUUCUUAAUCUGAGUUGGGUUGGAGUCAUUUCACAAGCUUUUUUCAUCUUUGUGAAGGGUUUCUCUUGAUUCUCCAUGAGUUAGACAUUGUAUGUGAGUGAAAUUCACAGAACUCUAUUGGUACUGUUUUGGUUUCAUCCUAGAUGAUUAUUACCUAGUUUGUUGAUGGUAUCUCUGCAAAAUUUUCGUGUUUUUUGGGAUUUCAGUGAUCUAUAACUGCCAGUUCCUGCAUUAGUACUGAUGGCAAAAGGAUUCUGCCAUUGGGCACUUCUGGUUCUGGUUAUGAUUUUGGGUUCAAUCCGCCCUUCAGAGCAGCUCCCGUCCUCCCAGGCUCAGACCCUUAUCAGAAUUCAGGGAAUUUUGAACUUCCCAGCCAUUUUAAGCAGCUGGAAUAACAAUACUGACUUCUGUGACACUGAACCAAGUUCAUCUCUUACUGUUGUAUGCUAUGAAGAAAGCAUAACCCAGCUGCAUAUUAUUGGACACAAGGGGGUUCCUCCAUUGCCUAGGAAUUUCUCCAUAGAUUCCUUCAUAACAACGCUGGUUAAGCUUCCAAGCUUGAAGGUUCUCACAUUAGUUUCUCUCGGUUUAUGGGGUCCCAUGCCUAGUAAAAUAGCACGAUUGUCAUCCCUUGAAAUACUCAACAUAAGUUCAAAUUACUUUUAUGGUACAAUUCCUGAGGAGAUUGCAUAUUUAACAAGCCUCCAAACACUUAUACUAGAUGACAAUAUGUUCAUUGGUGAACUUUCUGAUUGGCUGAGCUUGCUACCUGUUUUGGCUGUUUUGAGUUUGAAGAAGAAUUCAUUUAAUGGGUCAUUGCCAAGUUCAUUGGGAAGUUUGGAAAAUCUCAGAAUUCUUACUCUUUCUCAUAAUCACUUCUAUGGAGAAGUGCCUGAUCUUAGCAGUUUGGACAACCUUCAAGUUCUUGACUUGGAAGAUAACGCUCUUGGACCUCAGUUUCCUCGACUUGGCACCAAGUUGGUUACCCUUGUAUUGAAAAAGAACAGGUUUAGUUCUGGGAUUCCUGUUGAAGUAAGCUCCUAUUAUCAACUUGAACGGUUGGAUAUCUCUUACAAUCGAUUUGCAGGACCAUUUCCACCAUCAUUGUUAGCUCUUCCCUCUGUUACUUAUCUGAAUAUUGCAGGAAACAAAUUCACUGGAAUGCUUUUUGGAUAUCAAUCCUGCAAUGCUGGGCUUGAAUUUGUGGAUUUGUCCUCAAAUCUCUUGACUGGAAACUUGCCCAAUUGUCUCAAGUCAGAUUCUAAGAAGAGGGUUGUCCUCUAUGGUAGGAAUUGUUUGGCAACUGGAGAGCAAAAUCAACAUCCAUUCUCCUUUUGUCGUAAUGAGGCUUUAGCUGUUGGAAUCAUACCUCACCGAAAGAAACAAAAAGGAGCUUCUAAAGCUGUUCUUGCGUUGGGCACAAUUGGAGGAAUUCUUGGAGGAAUUGCACUUUUUUGUCUAGCUUUCUUGGUUGUUAGAAGAGUAAAUGCCAAAAAAGCAACAAAAACACCCCCUACCAAAUCAAUAGCCGAGAAUGCAUCAACUGUGUACUCCUCAAAGUUGUUUUCUGAUGCAAGGUAUGUAUCUCAAACAAUGAAUCUGGGAGCCCUCGGCCUUCCAGCUUACCGGACAUUUUCACUGGAAGAGCUUGAGGAGGCUACAAAUAACUUUGAUACAUCAACUUUCAUGGGUGAAGGUUCUCAAGGUCAGAUGUACAGAGGUAAGUUGAAGGACGGUUCCCUUGUUGCUAUUAGGUGCCUAAAAAUGAAAAAGAGCCACAGCACCCAAAACUUUAUGCACCACAUAGACCUGAUUUUAAAGCUCAGACAUCGCCAUUUGGUCAGUUCUCUUGGACACUGCUUUGAGUGUUACUUGGAUGAUGCAAGCGUCAGCAGAAUUUUUCUCAUAUUUGAAUACGUCCCCAAUGGGACACUGAGGAGCUGGAUAUCUGAGGGACGUUCCAGACAAACACUUUCUUGGACACAACGCAUAGCAGCUGCCAUAGGGGUAGCAAAGGGUAUCGAAUUUCUGCAUACCGGAAUUGUGCCUGGUGUAUAUUCAAAUAAUCUGAAAAUAACAGAUAUUUUGCUGGAUCAGAACCUUGUUGCAAAAAUUAGCAGCUACAACCUGCCUUUGCUAACAGAGAAUAUGGGAAAGGUUAGCAGUGGAAUUUCCUCUGGUGGUUCCAAAGAACUCAGUGUCAAUGCCAGGGUACAGCAUGAGGACAAAAUUGAUAUUUAUGACUUUGGAGUGAUAUUGCUUGAGCUCAUCAUGGGAAGGCCGUUCAAUUCCACGAAUGAAGUGGAUGUCAUAAGAAAUUGGUUACAAGCAUGCGUAACAGCAGACGAUGCAUCCAGAAGAAACAUGGUGGAUGCUGCAGUUCACAGGACGUGCUCGGAUGAAUCACUGAAGACAAUGAUGGAGAUCUGCAUCAGAUGCCUGUUUAAGGACCCAGCAGAGAGACCAUCCAUAGAGGAUGUGCUGUGGAACUUGCAGUUUGCUGCUCAGGUUGAGGAUGCAUUGAGGGGAGACUCUGACAGCAGUGAUGGUUCCCCUGCUUUCCCUUCCUUGCCUCCACGCCUACGUCUCAACAUUCAUUAACACCAAUUUUCAGAAAUAUGAGAGUCACAAGAAGAAGAUGAAAACCCAGAAAUUAAGAUGACUAUUUUGGAGAGAGAUUUUUGGCUUUGGUGCAACAGCUUUUCUAGCAAGCAUGGCAAGAGUGCCACGCUUGAAAGGUUAUUGUAUGGUUUUUCUUUUCUUUCUUUUUUUUUUUUUUUUUCUUCUUUUUUUUCUAAGUAUUAUGACUGUUAAGUUUGUAAUUCUCUCGAUUACCUUUUGGGAUUCAAAUUCCAUUCCCCAUCAUGUUUCUAAAGGAGAAAAAUGCCCUUUUUUUAAAGCCUAA